AUCUACCAGCAGCAGCGACACAAACACACACCGCAGGCGAGGAAGUCACUAUAGCGCUACAACCCAGUGCGUACUUCUCAAAAUCAUGUCGAGUGGUGCGUUUUUAUUCGCGACCUGACAACUCCAGUCUGCUGCCUACUAAAUAGUCACCGUUAUAUCCUAUGAUACUGGUUUAUAAGCCCGGUAGCCGUACAGUAACGCACUGAAUGGCGAAGAGGAGAGCGAGACGCGGCUAACGUUAGUCUGAAGCUGCGACUCCAGCAGCCUAACGAGAUGAUGCGACGUCAGUGGGUUCAUGGUCGAAUCUGCGGUUAAAUAACCGCGUACUGCUGAAUAAAACACUGUGGUGACGAUAUUAAUCGAUCUCUUACUGAAUACGACUAGUUAGCAGGCUAGCUGGAUGUAAAUCAGGUGAAACUGAAAGGGUGUUGUUGUUGUUAGCUGGGCCAGAUCGCUUAUUUUAAGAACGCCGGCGGGCGCGUGAGAUCUUUUCUAACAGACAAAAUGGCAACAGGCUCCAGUUUCCAUUCCGGAGGGAGUGGAUCUAGAAACGGACCGUCAUUCGCAUCACCGUCGUCCUCCUCGUCUGGAGUGCCGGGACAGGCUCAGCCGAUGGCGGUGGUUUGGGAAUGGCAGGAUGAUCAGGGCUUCUGGAGGCCCUACACCGGACAGGUGAGCAGCUACAUCGAGCAGUGUCUCCAGAGAGGAGCCAACAGCAACGGCAUCUGUCUGGCCCAGGCAGACCCCAGCCUGUCUGCGUACAUCAUCGACAUCCCCAACCUCAGACAGUUCAGACAGGACACUGGAAAGAUACGCGCUGUGCGGAGAUCCCUGUUCCCACAGUCCUCUGCUCUGGGCAGUGGGGUUCUUUGGGAGUGGGCCAAUGAUGAAGGAGGGUGGAUGGCGUAUGAGAUCCGAACCUCCAUUUUGCUGGAGCACAGCUACCAGGCAGGGCAGGCCACAGCUGAUCUGAGCUCACACGGCUACAACUACAUUGUGGACCUCACUGCUUUGGAGCAAGUCAACAAGUCCACCAGUUACAGACGACGUGUCAGGCGGCAAGGUAGCAUGCCGUAUCCUCUCGCUUCAGGUUCGGUUAUUCACUCGGGCCCGGCCUGUACCUGUCACCAAUGCAUGAGCAAUAGCAGCACCGCCGGACCCAUGCUAAGCCGGUCACGGCAUUCCUUCACUGCGGGGCAGGCCAACCGGCCCAGCCUCCAGCCCCAGCAUGGAAGACUUCCUGGAACCAGUUCCUCCUCAGCCUACUCGCCCUACCCCAGAAGACCCCUCUCCAUGGGGAACUUGUUAUGGAAUGGCCCCUGGAGCACCCCCACCUCGGUGGCUCAUUCUUCAGGACCGCCACAGGCCUUUGGCCACCAUGCAAAUGGCUUAAGCAUCCCAACCAUCCCUCUGCACAUGAACGGAUCCAGUAAUGUGAACUCUGCACUGGCAGGCAUGGCUUCCAUUUUGAUGUCAGCUGCAGGACUGGGAGUUCGCUUCUUGACCGCCCCCUUCUCCCAGAGUGGCUCCAGCAGGCCCACCAAAAGCCAGCCCAACUCCGUUAAGAGGGCAAAGAGACAGUCCAGGACAGCACCAGCUCAGAAACCAGAAGAAGUCAUUAAGAAAUACAUGGAGGAAGUGCCUGUGGUCCCAGAUGAGGACUGUAUUAUCUGUAUGGAGCGCCUGUCCUGCCUGUCUGGUUAUGAGGUCCCAACUGAGUGCUCUCAGUCUCUUCAGCCCAACACCGUGGGCAAACUCACAAAAUGUGGUCACACUUUCCACAUGCUCUGCAUGCUGGCCAUGUACAACAAUGGAACCAAGGAUGGGAGUCUUCAGUGCCCCUCAUGUAAGACAAUCUAUGGAGAGAAGACCGGCACCCAACCCAAGGGCAAGAUGGAGAUUUACAGUAUCCCUCAGUCUUUGCCUGGACACCCAGACUGUGGCACUAUACAAAUCAUUUACAACAUCCCGCCCGGAAUACAGGGUCCUGAGCACCCAAACCCAGGGCAGCCGUAUACGUGCAGAGGAUUCCCUCGCUUCUGUUUCCUUCCUGACAAUGACAAAGGAAGAAAGGUGCUGGAGCUGCUGAAAGUGGCGUGGACACGGCGCCUCAUCUUCACCGUGGGCACUUCCAGCACCACAGGGGAGCCAGACACCGUCAUAUGGAACGAGAUCCACCACAAGACGGAGAUGAUGUCCAACGUCUCCGGCCACGGCUACCCCGACCCCAACUACCUUGACAAUGUGCUCUCAGAACUGGCGUCGCAGGGCGUGACGGAGGACUGCCUGAAACGGGACACUCAGAGCCAAGGGGCUCAAGGUUCAGCCAUGUGAACCGGACCAUCCCAUCUACUGUAGCUCUAAUAAAACUUGAUGAAAAGGGAAAACUGGAGUUGCGCUGUUGGUUGGAUGUAUGCGAAUGUGGUUGAACGCAACUUCCCCAAUCCGUUUCCACUCUUCGGCCGAGUCUAGAAUAUUAACACACACGUGGGGUCACUGGCUUCAUGGUCAUCUUUACUUUCACCGUAUUGUAAGGCAGCUACAGAUGGUUCUGCAGGAAUAGCUCGGCUUAAUGUUUUAGAUUGAUGACGAAUCUCGUGCCAGGAGGAAACGCGCCAGUUUAGGCAUCCAUCUCAACACAUGAUUCAUCAUAGAGGCUAUGAUGUACUACAUUACAGUAGAGCAUCUGCGACUAUGAUCAUUGUACUAUUGCUGGGAAUCAAGCAUACAAUGUUUCUUUAAAAGCAGUACGAAAACAGUAAAAAUUGCACAUCAAUGCAAGUCAUAGAUCUUUACUAGUACUGUAAAAUGUACUGCUUCAGAAAUGAAAGGCACUUUUACAGAAUCUGCAGCUGUUAAUUUACAUUUUUGUUUUGGUUUUCAAGUUAGAUUGAUGAUGGUGUUCACUUGCUGCUAUUACUUUUUUCUUUUAGUUUUUUUUAUUUUGUUUACGAUCAUGAGGGACUUAAAGGGAUAGUCCAUCCAGAGAUGUAAAUUCUGUCAUAAUUUACUCACUCUAAUGUUGUUCCAAACUUGCUUUUUACUUUGGAAGGCAAAAGAAAAUGUUGUUAAUCAAAUAGUUUCUGCUCCCGUUGAACUUGCAGGACAAAAAUGACUGCAAUCCAUUGGGAACCAAAACUGUUUGGUUACCAAUAUUUAUCACAAUA